AUGGCGUCAUCAACUGCACCUGCUCCUGCACACGAUCUUGAGUUUGAUCACGAGGUUGAUGAUGAUUUCGAUCUUGUCUUUCCCCCUGGUUUUGAUCCUGACCAGGAUAUCGAGUUCAUUCACUUAAACCAGCCCCUAGAGGAGCCUGUAGCCCCUAUUGAUCCUUUGUUUGAUGAUCCAGCUGCCUUUGAUAUGGAUUUUGUUAACCCGGAGCCUGCUGUGGCCCCAGAGCUAGUCAUUGCUCCUGAUCCUACAUUAGAGCAUGACCCUGUUCAUGGCGAUGCACCCGCUGUUGCUCCUUUUGUUGAUGAGGUACCCAUUGCCGAUCAACCUGUUGCUGCUCCACCGUUGGUAGAUGAUCAUGUUGUUGACGCUCCUGUUGAUGCUCCACUCUUGAUAGAGGAUCCUGUUGUUGCACCAUUUCUUGAUCCGAUGUCGGUGCUGUUCGACCGUGCACCUUUUGCUACCCAUAUAGAUCCACGUUACGCCGACACUCGUAACGGGUGGAUCGAUGACGAUGACGAUUACCCACCAUUUGUGUUACAUGUUACACCUCCAGCAGCCCCUGUUUUAGCACCUGUUUCAGUACCCAUUUCAGCACCCACUGAUAUCCCACUAUUUCCCCCACACACCACAGAUGCUCAACGCACAGAUCUUCCUGUUACGUUUCUUCAGGACAUACCGCCACCGCGUCCUGGAGAGGGGUCAUCUAGGCAGCCGCCUGUUCCUGCUCCACCCAGGCUUUCAUCACCUUUUCCAUUCGCGUCUCAGUUUCCCACUAUUACACCACCCACUGCACCGUCCUUCACUCCGUCGAGAGGCACUGACCCGUCGCAUACAGGAGUUGGAGAGAGCUCAGCGACCACCUUGCCGUUGUCAGACCCCGUUUUCAGCACCGCACCCUCCGCGUCCACUUUCACCCGACUCAGACGUCCGUUUCUUGACCUCUGA